CUGGGUCUCUCUUGACAUCAGGAGCACCGGACGUUCAGUGUUGGUUCUGGUGUCUACCAGAGGCUCUGCGGUCCAUUGUGGAGAAACAAAAGAAGCCAUAUUGAUAGCAGGAUUACUGGAGAAGACAGAGAAGAUGCUCACGACAAAGGAUGAAGCAGAGGAUCUAAUCCAGAGAUGGAGAGACUCACAGGAGGAGGACCUGACACCGGAGGAUUACCAGCAGUUCAAGACUUUGGGGAGUGCGUGCCUGACUGAGGGGGCCAGCGAGCAGCUCCUGAAGUUUGUGCAGGAGGAGAAAAACCAGGGGGUGGUGAAGUCCAUGGGGGGAGAGCUCUUGACGGCUCUUGUCAAUGAAAUAGUAAAAAAAGAGAAGACUCGUGAUCACUGCCAGACUGCCAUCACACAUCUGACAAAGACUUGCAGCCCAAAUAAACUCCUGCAGAACAUGCUGGAGAUGAUUGAGGACAUCGAUCCUGGAGCCAUUUCUGAGACCAUCGUAGUUUUACUCCCUCACCUUCAAACAGUUGUGCUGCGGCUGGAGGACAGGAGAGCAGCCUGUCUGGGUUUGAGCCUUUCUGCCCUUCACGGGCAGCUGUCUCGGCUGCCCGUGCCGUACACCCUGCAGCAGGAGGAGGAGGAUGAGUGCGGUCUGUGUGGAUGCUGCGCCGCCUUGGCCCUGUUCUUAAGGCCUUUUGUGGACGAGCUGACGAGCAAAGAUGGAAAAGAGGAAGCUGCUGCUGAAGAUGAGGAGCUGAAGGUGGAACUUCUGAAGUUCUGCUUGAGGAGUUUAAAAGAUCCAUUGCUGGAGGCUGAGCUGCACAAAGACAGAAAAUCUGCUUUAUGGCACUUUGCUGUGGAAAUAAUGGCUAUUCUUCAUGCCAUAAAGGAGUUUCCUGCAGGACUAGUGUGCUGUAGCGCUCCGAGGAAUGGUUCAGUGACAGACAGCAGCCUCUACAGGGACUCCAGAGCGUGCCUGGCCUAUCUGGUGUUUGUUGAGCUACUGACGGUGGAGAGUUUUCCUGCCGUGUUCAGUCCUCUUUACCUUCUUCAGUGCAACAUGGAGCACAUUGAUCAUCUUCUCACUAGCAAACAGGAAUCCCAUUUACGCAAAGGACUGGCACUGAUGGAGAACAGUCUGAAGAAGGUGGAAGACAACAGUCUUCCAGUGGGUUUGAUGGAACUGAGGAGCUUCUAUGGCGGACCACAGAACCUGCGGCUCAUCCUUACGGACUGCCCCAUGAGACACUUGAGGGAGUCAGGGCUUCAGCUUUUCCAGAUUUUCAUUGAUAAACUAGAUACUGAAGCAAAGCACAAAUUCUUCAGGUGUAUGUUGAAAACCAGCAACCACGAGGGUGUGGAGAGCUAUGUCAUUAAGAACAUCAGACGUCAGAUUGCGUUUUCAAUGAAGGGAAAUCCAAAUAAAUAUUUCCUGGGUUUGGAUCUGCUCCCACUGCUGGCUCUAGUGUUUAUCUUACCGCACGGUGCUGAGACUAACCUGCUCACCAAUAUGGACAAGAUCAUGGAGGGUCUGAACCUUCUGCGUUAUGUUUUCCUAAAAGGCAAAGAAAUGAGGAGCAACGUGGAAUUGUGGGAGGGCCUCUGCAGAAUCAAGGAGGAGUAUCUGAAAAUGCUGAGGGUGGCUCUCAGCAUGUCAAGAGCUUAUUACUCCUCUGAACUGAAGGCACUGAAGGAGGGUCAAAAGCUGAAAGCUAGAGAGGCCAGGGACAACGCUAGAUCGGGAAGGUUAGUCCAAAGCGUGUUGGUGAAGCAGGAGCACGUGUCCGGUAUGUCGCCAGACACCCAGCAGCAGGUGCUGGAGAGUGCGCUGGUGACCUUUGACCUAAUGGACAGCCUUACGGUUCGAAUUGAAGAAAUCACAGAGGAAACACUGAGCUGAAGACAGAAAAUGCAGU